AUGCCGGCUAAGUCUAUUGUGUUCCUAUCUGCAUCUCCUGCUACAGCGGACGAUCCAGACGCGAUAGAACGAGUAAAACUCAAAAGAGAGCGCAGUCCUCAGCUACACAACCUCAUUGGCUUUUUUCAACGCCAGGAAAAGCAAAUUUUCUCCGCGCAGGACCUCGCCCGUCGCGGGGUGACAGCAAUUGCCCUCCCAGAUGUAGAUUCACUCUUCUCAGAUGAGGGUCAUUUUCGGCUUCAUGCUACCUUCCAUCCUAAGAUAAAGGUGGAUGCUUGGGAUAUUCGAGAUCCAAAUUCAGAGGAAGAAGCAUUUCAUUCAUACAGGGAAAUCCAGCAAAUGCUUUUUGCCAAAAACCGUCCGUUCGGUCUCACCUUCAUUAGUGAACGCGGCCCGUGGGCUUCACUUCGCACCCCAAGCCCGUUCUUUGGUGUGCUAAAUGGGUUGUGUUAUCCAAUUGAGGGUGAGCAUCUCUGGAAAGUCCAGACUCUGAAGGAGUGGAAGGGUCCCGAAUCCGAAGAGCCGAUCUACAUUCCUCCCCCCAUGUGA